AGCCGGCUCUUCUCGGUUCACUUUAAAGAGUCGACUCUUUGAACCAACUCGUUCUUGACGACCCAUCACUAGACUGAGCUGAACGGGGCUGUUUCUGUGACUGCUGUUUACUGCUGUUUACUGGGGAGUGUUUGACGGUUGAUGGCUAAACCUCUACCCCUCUACUCGGCACGACGUCCUGUAAUCUGUUGUGUUUAAGAACACACUUAGGUGUUUUUUUAGAGGCUGUGAAAAGGAAACCAGCGCUGUUAAAUCACCGAGGAAGGCGGUUAUAAGACACCCUGAAUGUGGCUAACGGCUAACUUUUAAAGCUAACGUCCAACGGUCGUCGAGCAACUUCAUCGACGGCGGAAAACUCCUCUUAAAAACACACUCAACGGAAGAAUAACUAGGAUUAAAGAGUGCUGGAAGACUUGGACUAAGUGUUUCACGAAGAACUACGUGAAUUUAACGGGAUCCUUUGUAACUUUUUAUCCUAAACGGUCGUAGUGGCGUAGUCGGCUAAUGUUAGCUACCUAGCUCGCUACAUUAGCAUUCAAGCUAGCAGGACAGUACAGUAGUUUGCUACUGUGGAGGACUUUAAUUAACUUUUUUUAAUGACAAUGUCUUGCAUAUGUUUUGCAACAGGUAGUAGACCUUUUUGCACGAAGCUGUAAUAAAAUAUAUAUAUAUAUAAACUUCAGAGAGGUUCAUUUUAAUGUGUGUAACUCCAGGUUAUACUGCAGGCAAUGAAUGUCAUGAGUUUAUUGUUUUAGAUAGAUAGAUAGUAACUUUAUUAAUCACGUUUCCAGCAUCACAGUUCCAUAGUGCAAAAAACAUGUUAGUAAAAAGGCAGUAAAAAAAAGUUAGUAGUGCAAAGUACAAAAAAAAUACCAGAUAUAAAAAAUACAAGGAGAUGAAGAAGAAAACUGUUAAAACUGAAUAUAGUGCAGAGUAACAGCUGUGAUACACGACUAUUAAAACAAGUGAAUAUAAUAUCAUUUUGAAGAGAUUUGCUCCAGAAAACAAGUGAUGCAGUUUUUGGACACAGUCUAAUCUAAACCCACCGAUACUGAGCGACCAUGUUGGAUCAUACAGAAUAACACCAGACUACUUGGACAGCUUCAAGUCGUGCAGUUGUGACUCUACGUGUUUUUGUUUUUGUGUGCUGCUGAUGCAAACAGAAGAGGAUCGUUUGUCCUAAGGGGGGAUACCAUACAAUAGCAUUUGUUCUGUAAAGUCUUCGCACAGUUUAUGCAUCAAAAUGUCGGCCAUCUCCGCAUCCGAGAAAGUGGACGGGUUCACGAGAAAGUCCAUGAGGAAGGCCCAGAAACAGAGGAAAUCCCAGGGCUCGUCUCAGUACCGCACACAGAGCGCCCCGGUGGAGCUCUCACCACUACCGCAGCUCAAAGAUGCCCCCUCCACAGAGCAGCAGGAGCUGUUCACCCAGAAACUCCAGCAGUGCUGCAUGCUCUUUGACUUCUUCGACUCGGUGAUUGACCUGAAGAGCAAGGAGAUCAAGAGGGCCACGCUCAACGAGCUGGUGGACUACGUGUCCACCAACAGAGGGGUGCUGGUGGAGACUACGUACCCAGAGAUCACUAACAUGAUCUGCACCAAUAUAUUCCGAACUCUUCCACCGAGCGACAACCCUGAUUUUGACCCAGAGGAGGAUGAACCCACUCUGGAGGCUUCCUGGCCUCACAUUCAGCUGGUCUACGAGUUUCUCCUACGCUUUCUAGAGAACCCAGACUUCCAGCCCAGCAUUGCAAAGCGCCACAUCGAUCAGAAAUUUGUCCUGCAGCUCCUGGAGCUGUUCGACAGCGAGGACCCGAGGGAGAGGGACUUCCUGAAGACCAUCCUGCAUCGGAUUUAUGGGAAGUUCCUGGGGUUGCGAGCCUUCAUCAGGAAGCAGAUCAACAACAUUUUCUUGCGGUUCAUCUAUGAAACGGAGCAUUUCAACGGCGUCGCUGAGCUGCUAGAAAUCCUGGGAAGUAUCAUCAACGGGUUUGCGUUGCCUCUGAAGGCCGAGCACAAGCAGUUCCUCAUGAAGGUGCUCAUCCCGUUACACACAGCUAAAGGACUGGCCCUUUUCCACGCGCAGCUGGCCUACUGUGUGGUCCAGUUCCUGGAGAAAGAUCCUACACUCACUGAACCGGUGAUCCGCGGGCUGCUCAAGUUUUGGCCUAAAACCUGCAGCCAGAAAGAGGUGAUGUUUCUGGGUGAAAUCGAGGAGAUUCUGGACGUCAUCGAGCCGACACAAUUCAAGAAGAUCCAGGAGCCGUUGUUCAAGCAGAUCUCUAAAUGCGUGGCCAAUCCACACUUUCAGGUAGCGGAGCGAGCGCUGUAUUUCUGGAAUAACGAGUACAUCCUCAGCCUCAUCGAGGAGAACAUCGACAAGGUCCUCCCCAUCAUGUUCGGUAGCCUGUACAGAAUCUCCAAAGAGCACUGGAACCCGACAAUCGUAGCUCUGGUCUACAACGUGCUGAAGACACUGAUGGAGAUGAACUGCACGCUGUUUGAUGAGUUGACUUCCUCCUAUAAAGCCGACCGGCAGCGGGAGAAGAAGAAGGAGCAGGAGAGGGACGAGCUGUGGAAGAAGCUGGACGAGUUGAGGCUCAGCAACGCCGCUCUGGUCCAGAACAACAGCCACGGGCUCCCCAUUGUCCAGAACAACAACAACAACAACAACAAUAGUAAUAAUAAUAAUAAUAAUGACAACCAGGACAAGAGCGCCGAGGCUGCAGCCGUCACCACGGACAACAAAGACCCCGACGCCAGCGAGAGCACCCCGUGUGCCAAAUGACACCGGAUGUCCGUUUUUUAUUCCGUUCCGGUUUGGCGUCGUGUUCAGGACUGUCAGGAGAGGAUUAACGGAGACAGAAAACACACAAAUUACACCUCAACAGUAUAUUAAAUCUACUUAGAGUGACUUAGAACGCCAGCAUUUCUUUGGCAGAAAAAAAAAAUCUAUAUUUCAACUUAAGACUAUUUUUGGAUGUUACAGUGUGGCUGCAGUAUAUUGUUUAUUUGUCUGAUCAAAGAUUUAUCCUUUCACAUUUAGUUUCUUAACUGAAAAUGAUUAUUUUUUUUUUUUUGUUUAUAUUCGUUGUAUGAUAAACGGGAGGGGAGAAAAUAAUAAUGACUUGAAUUUAAUGUUUCCGAUUGUGCUGCACUUAGACAAGCUGAAUAGCUAUUUAAAGAUGUCUAUUUUUUAAUGUGCUUUUCCUUGUUGCUGCCAACACGUGGGUGCAAACCUUAAGGAAGAAGGGAACUUUGGGAGUAUUUUUGGGGGGUGGGGGGGCAGAUGGGACCAGAUCCAUAAUUAAACAUUUAGAUGUAUAGAAACGGGCUGUUAUCAUGAGCAGAAAGGACCGUUAUCUCACGUUAGAGAUGGAGAACGAGAGGAGGCGCACGGCCAAAAAGAAAACAAGAUAAAUCCUAAAGAAUCCCAGAUAUGGAUCGAUAUCUCCGAAAGUGACUCUAGUUGGAACUAUGAAGUUAAAACUUGUCCACGAUUAGGGUAGAUGUCAUAUUUGUGAGAUUAUUUCUGUGUUUCAGGUGUUGGUAAAUAUUUUUGUAACUGGGUGAAGCUAAUAGUUGUGACACAACACCUUCAUUUGUAAGAUUACACUAAAGUAUUGAGACGGGGCUUUUCAAAGAGUGAAAUGUUUUUGACUGGAAUUAAACAUUUUGAGGAUUAUCAUUUGUUUUUCUCGCCGAGAGUCGGGUGAGAAGUUUGAUACCGCUCCUCGUGUUUUGUACUGUAAAUAUGAAGCGACGGCCCGCAGCUGGUUAGCUUAGCUUAGCAUAAAGACUGGAAACGGGGGGAAACUGCUAGCAUGGCUCUGUCUAAAGCUAGGUUGGCCAAUCACAUUACAUGCAAGCACACAUUCCUGGUAGAUUAUCUCGUACUCAUCGUGACCAAAGAUAAAAUAGUUUUUAUUUUACUUUCUGUGAUUAUUACAAACCGUUGUCCAAACGUGUUAUUCCUGGAGCGUAUUUUCAUUGUCUCACCGGUACCUUCAUAUUAUUUUUUUCUUUCUUUUUUCUUUAUUGGUGCAAAAACAAAACGGCAGUGACGUUACAAGUAGUACAAAAGUGAUAAGAACAGGGUAGAAAUACCCAAGAAAAGACAAAGAAAACAAGGUGACGCCCAGAGCUUGAAAUGAGACAUAACAAACAAAACAAACAUACAAAAAGGAUGAAAUAAUAUUCAUAAUAAUUCUAGUAAUAACGUCUUAAAUAAAUUAAAAAUAAAAAAAUAAUAAGGAAGAAAUUAAAAAUAAAUAAAUAAAUGCGUAGUAAUAUUUAGACGUGUCAGAUUUUGUUCUUAGUGUCUCACUGCAACAAAUUGUUAAAAUUUGCCGUUUUACGGGAAGUUACGCACCGUACUAUUCCUGAAUUGUCGUUUUAACACUUAUUAGUAUUGAUUAAACAAACAAAAUAAAACAUGUUUAGCUUUAGAGGUGCCGGUAGACACAUUUUGUUACUUUUGGACGGAGCCAGGCUAACAGUUUCCCUCUGUUUCCAGUCUUUAUGCUAAGCUAAGCUAACUAGCUGCUGGCUGUAGCUUCAUAUUUACUGAACAGACAUGAGAGAGUGUCGUCGAUCUUCUCAUCUAACUCUCGGCAAGAACUCGAGUAUUUCCCAAAAUGUCGACCUAUUCCUUUAAAAGUAGUAGAUUAAGAGAUAAAAAACACGAGACCUACAGUACAGUACUAUAUUUUUCCAGAGUAUUUGACGAGGCAAAUAUUUUUGAAUGUUUCAUUUUUGCAGAUGGAUUACGGACGGGGGAUGCAGGAUGUGCUCGAGUGUAUAUUUGUUGAGUGCGUACAUGUGUGUAUAUGUUAGUUUGGAGGCUACUUAAAGGGAAAUGCCACUCAAUUUAAGAUUCUCUGUACAGUUCUAUUUGUUUCCGUGGUCUCGGGAAGUGCAGUCCGUUGCUUAUAGGAACAUGAAAUGGUUCACUGUCGAGACCGUCUUACCCACUUAUCUGGCAUUUCUACAAAGAGGCUGAUGUUGUGUAUUGUGAGUUUUUAUAUCCAAACAAAAGGCUCAUUAAUGAAGUAUCAAGAACCAGAAAAACCCAUCAAUGCCUGUUCACUCCCUUUCCAGACUUUAUAACCUCACAUGUUUGCUUUUUAGUUUCUGACGUUGGGAGGUGAUGUUCAUAAAACUUAAUCUGACUGCCGUAGAUCAUAGGAACCUUUUUUUUUUUUUUUUAAAUUGAAUGGUGUUCCCUCUGAACCCCGAGUGUCUGCUCUCUCUUACUUCUUCUAUUUUUAGGUCCAGUCUUUUUCUGAUGCCUUUCUGUCAGUACAGCAUUCCAACCUCUGUGACGUUUAAAAAAAAAAAAAAAAAAAUACUGCGUGGGGAACCUGUUUUGUAAUCGCAGAUCUUAUUUAGGUUUCACCAUCAAAUAAAGUCGACUUUAUCUUUCUACUCAAAGAA